GAAGCGUACACUUCCAUUUUCUCGAGCCGUUCGGCGAACAUAGAGCACGUGUUUGCUCGCCGGUCGCGUUUAUCUCGUUUUACCUCUACAAGACUCACCGUCAGACUUACCGCUGGUACGAGUGUCCCAGCCAAAGACCGGGAGAUCCUCGCUCGUUGUACAGACCGGUUGAACAAUGAAUCCGGAGAAAUUGAAGAAGCUCCAAGCUCAAGUGCGAAUCGGCGGCAAGGGAACACCCCGACGCAAGAAGAAGGUGGUGCAUGCAACUGCGGCGACAGACGAUAAGAAACUACAGAGUUGUUUAAAGAAGUUGUCUGUAAAUACGAUUCCUGGUAUAGAGGAAGUUAACAUGAUCAAGGACGACGGAACCGUCAUCCACUUCAAUAAUCCAAAAGCUCAGGCAAGCCUGUCUGCCAAUACAUUCGCCAUUACUGGUCAUGGAGAGAACAAACAGAUCACUGACAUGCUACCAGGGAUAAUAAGCCAACUGGGACCCGAAGGUGUCACGCAGUUGAAACGAUUAGCGAGUUCAGUGUCUGGUAGUACCGUUGGCAAAGCGACGCUGGAAGAAGACGACGAGGUACCGGAGCUAGUGGAGAAUUUCGACGAAGCCAGUAAAGAGGAGGUUACUCCAAAGAAGGAGAUUGAUGAAAGUGAUAAAGCUGCUGAUAAGAAAGAGGCUGUUACGAUUGAAGAGAAGAAAGAAGCUCCCUUAGCUACACCCGAGGCUUAAAGUGUUCAAUAACAAGCUAUCUCACACAACCGUUGUAAUUUGACAGGUCGAGUAAUACGAGUUGCAAGUGCGUAACCGAGGUAUCACUAUACAUACGUUAUAAAUAUUUGACAUACCCUAUGAUAAUGCUAUAUAAGUAACAGUUAUCGAGAAAUAAAAAUGGGAGGCUGUUACAGAAAUCAAAUAUUUCUAUAGACAAUGAUUCUUUACUUGUCGCAUUCGCUGGAAGGUAGACUUUGUUUUAAAACUCGUCGCGAUUGAUCUAGUAUUCUUCCCGAGCCAGUAUCUCGCGAACGUCGGACAGUAGAGCAGCGUACAUUUGUAUUUUAGACGUCUCGAUCGAACGUUCGCUCGCACGGGCUGCGACGCGGACUUGACGAAUUUUCUUUUUAUUCACGAUCUUGUUCAUAGCGUACUUCUGUCCCUCGUUUCGUUCACGAUGCAGUUUUACUCGUCGAGAACGAACCCGUGGAACGUGUAGAUAUAAUUAGCGAAAUUUCCGGCACGAGGUAACUUUCUACUCGUUCGCAGUAUAGAGGAGAGAGAUUUAUAAUAAGCAGUAUAGAAAAAAGAACGGUAAGAGAACGCAUGGAACAUUGAGAACGUGAAUGGCACUUCUAUUUUAAUCGAGGAGAUUGAUGAACCGAUAUGAGAGUAGUCUUUGCAGCAACGUUUCGACGUUGCAAAAGCGAGGCGUAAUAUUUUGUACUUGUAAUGUAUCGAUGAAAUUCAUUUGCUGGAAGUGCGGUUUUCUACUUAAAGAUGAUUCGUGUCCCCUGGAUAUUCAUAAACGUAUAAUUUGCUGAUAUUUAUAUCUUCAUCAGUAGAAUAAAACUGUAACAAUAGUGUAAUUAUGGAAAUAUAAGCACUGUCUGUAUAGUAA